UAGAGCGCACAGACACAACAAGCUCCAAAGUCUCAGCUGAGUUUUAAAGGAAAAAUUAUUAAAGAUGAUUAGAGGGCAUCUUUAGCCAGUCCUUUCUGAAUUAUGAAUGUAACUUCUGAAAAAUCCACUGUGCCAUUCCACUGCUGAGAGAAGCUCUCCGUGUGAUGGCUCAACUUUGCGCAACAGGUUCUCCUAAGAACAUUUAACCUCGAACUCCGAUCCAUGUAGGAAAAAAGAAGCAUGCUGUCACCGUUUUGGCCCUUUGGCAUCGACCAGGAGAUCAACUCAUGGGAUGUAGUGGAUGCAGAUUCAGGUUCAACUUUGGGAAGGCGCUGUCCAAAGUCUCAGUCUUUUUCACCAUGGUCCUAAUCUUCACCUACUUCUUCUACUGCCUCUCCGGAUUUUGUAAUUCGGCUCCAAGAGCUGCACACAGGCAACAAACUUUAGACGGGGACUAUGACAUUCUGGACGAUCGCCGCCGUAUUCUGGGUGACCUGCGUCCAUCCCCGCGUCUCUUCCCCGAUGCGCCGUUUUACCGGAACCGUACAGCCUCUGCGGACGCAGAGCAAGUGGGCGCACCGGUGGAGCUGUCACAGAAUAUGUUGGACAGCGAAAAGGAGAGCACCCAGAGCAACGGCAUCCCGGUGUCCAACACUUUCGGGGCCAAAAGGUUUCCGCAGGCGAUUAUAAUCGGCGUGAAGAAAGGAGGAACUCGCGCCCUGCUCGAGUUUCUCCGCAUCCACCCGGACGUGAGAGCGUUCGGUGCGGAGCCUCACUUCUUCGACAGGUUUUACGAUAAAGGGCUGGAGUGGUACAGGAACCUGAUGCCUCGGACGCUCGACGGGCAGAUCACCAUGGAGAAGACACCCAGCUACUUUGUCACCAAAGAAGCUCCUAGUCGCAUCUGCACUAUGAAUUGCCAAACUAAGCUUAUUGUUGUGGUCAGGGAUCCGGUUACGAGGGCUGUGUCUGACUACACCCAGACACUGUCCAAGAACCCGGGCCUUCCAUCCUUCCAGAGCCUCGCCUUGAAAAACUCCUCCACAGGUCUGAUUGAUACCACGUGGAGUGCUGUGCGCAUUGGCCUCUAUGCCAAGCACCUGGAGAACUGGCUUCAGUACUUCCCUUUGUCUCAUUUUCUGUUUGUUAGUGGCGAGCGGCUAGUGUCUGAUCCAGCUGGGGAGAUGGGCCGGGUUCAGGACUUUCUUGGUUUGAAAAGGGUUGUUUCGGACAAACACUUCUACUUCAACCAGACAAAAGGUUUUCCCUGCUUGAAGAAGCCGGAGGGGAGCAGCAGACCUCGCUGCCUCGGGAAGUCUAAAGGCAGACCUCAUCCCCAGAUCUCCUCUGAGGUUCUGCAGAGACUCAGAGACUUCUACAGGCCCUUCAACCACCGUUUUUACCAGAUGAGCGGGCAAGACUUUGGCUGGGACUAAGAGGAAAAAUCUGUAAAAGCAAGAGUCUUGUUUUCUGGAGAGAUAUACAUUUACUGUUUCCACAGGGCUGAUGUUCUCAGGUACGGGGACAGACAAAGUCCAUUCUGCCUCAGUGGAGUCAACAUGACAUGCAGCACCCAUGAACUGUCACUGUUUUGUUGUAUUGUAGAGGCUGAAACGGAUACAGUGCUGCUAAUAUGAAAGCCACACAGUUAAUGGCUUAAAUAUAUAACCGUUAAACCAUUCUCUUGUUUGUACUGUGUGAUCUUCUGCCUUUAAAUGUCAUUUUUGACAUUCUUUAUGUACAGAUUAGAAAAAAAGCUCAUAUUUAUAGUUUCUGUUGAAUACAACAGGUAUUUUUUUAUUAUUAAAGAAGCGUAUUUAUUACAUGACAAGGCAUGGCAUAAAACUGACAUGGCACUUGACAGGACAUUGGGAAUAAUGUCAUACUCUUUGACUGCAUAUACAUAUUUUCCAGUCUUUUGAAUGCUACAUACAGUUCAAUGUUGCAGGAUAUUUCUGAGUGCAUUACAGUUGAUAUACCAAUGAUACCUCAUAUGUAAAUAUUAUAUUCAAACCAUGCAUACACACAUUCCAUUUGUAGGUAUUUUCCAGUAAAAGCUACAUCGUAUUUUAUAUUGUAAUUCUUGGAUGGGACCAAUUGUAUCAACUGUUACAAUAAAUUGCUACUUUUGAUCUGUGAUUAUU